GGGGUUCAGACUUCGGAGUCACAGUCGGAGUCGGAGUCAGACAGGCUCGCCUGCAGCUGUUGCAACAAGCAUGAGUAGGAGACGGAACCUGAGACGUAGUUGGGGUCAGCCGAGCUAUAUUGUCUCAUGCUCCCUCCGACCUCACGGACAUUUAUUAGAACCUCAGGCGUUAGGCACAGGUUCGUAGCUACGCUGCCUGCCGCGCUUAGCACUUGGCCCAGGAUCCGAGCUAGCCGGUAGCUGUUAAUGUCAUGUUCCAGUAUGGGGUGCAUGCAGGAGGCCUUGCAGCGGUGUGCGGGUUAAAGCUCGAAUUAUGUGCCGUUUUUCCAAGAUAUGUCAAAAUCGGGAGAAUUUGACCAUUGAUGAGCUGAUCUUCGGUGACCUCCCGUUAAUUGCAAUUUGCCUGGUUGCCUGAACGAAGAAAAUCAAUUGGAUGACACCUAAUUAAAGCUAUUUUCACUUUUAAACGUUUUUAUCUUUGGCAUCGAUAUAUGUUAUAGGGUAUGGCCAAAGAAUUAAUAUUUAUUCGUUUUUUUCCCGCGUCGUUUUAUCUUUCUUAGUUUUCGACAUCGAGCUAUGGGAUGUGUCCAAUCCCCCUCCCGUCAUCCCGUGUGAACUGUGCUGAGAGCUGCGACCCGCCCGGGCUCAGCCGGAGCCGGUACGGUCCUCCUGCUGAUUUUACCAUCAGCUGGGCGCCGGCCGGCGCGUCCCGUCCCGUCCGUCCGAUAUACAUUAUUGCGGGACCCGUCGCGUCGUCCGCCCAGGUACCGCCCGGCAGCAGCGCAUGCGCCGGUCGGAGGCGGCGGCGGCACCGCGGCCGGGACGCGCCAGUCGCGAGACAGCGCUGUGACGGGGAGGGCACGGCGCAGCGCAGGAGCGCGGUCGGUGGUGUCUCGCAGUGCCCCACUCGGGAGGUAUAGGGAGGCCGUCCACCGGUGCCGGCCAUGUCUCGGCCGCGCUCAGGCUCCGGCUCUCCGGAGCAGUCGACCCCCGUGUGCCGGUGUCGGGUGCUCUACCUGGGCUCGGCGGUACCGCACGCCUCCAAGGACGGUCUGCAGGGCAUCCAGGGGCCGCUGUCGCAGCUGUACCCGGCCGAGGGGCUGGCCGCCGCGCGUGGUAUCGACUCGCGCCUCACCGUCUGGAGCAACGGCCUGCUGCUGGAGAACGUGGACGAACAGCAGCACAAGGUGACGCGCUUCUUCCCCAUCUCGUCCCUCCACUACUGCGCGGCGGUGCGCUACGUGCUGCUGCCGACCCCCUCCGGGCAGCCGGUGGCGCGCUUCCUGCCGCUGGACUCGCCGCCGGGUCGGUUUCCGAACCCGGCGCACCCCCCGCUGUUCGCCGCCAUCCUGCGGCGCACCACCGGCCUCAAAGUGCUCGAGUGUCAUGUGUUUAUGUGUCGCCGAGAAACGCCGGCCAACGCGCUGGUCUCCUCGUGUUUCCAUGUGUACGCCGACGCCGAGCAGGCGCGCCGGCUGAACGGACAGAUGUAUGAGGCGAUUUGUGGUGUGAAGGGAGGAGACACCGCGCCGGCGCCCGCCGCCGACUGGUCCGAGGAGGAGGCUAAACUGGACCUGGACGAGCGAGCUGACGACACUGGGGAGAACGGAGAGCACGCCGAGAACGGCGAGACGGGCGUGGAGCUGGGCGCCGAGAGCGACGAGGAGCCGCCGGCCGGCCGGCCCGGCUCGCGCGAGCAGCUGCGUAUUGAUGUUGGUGACGGUGAGGGCGGUCCGGCGGGUCGGCCCGGCUGGACGGAGGCGGCCACAGACCCCGGCGUUCCACUGUACGCCACGGCCCGGAGAAACCGUCCUCGGCAGCGGCAGAUGCCGGCCGCGCCGCCACCGCCGCCCUCCCCUCCGCCACCGCCGCCGUCCGGGGGCCGUCCGCUGCCGCCCGGACCGGACUGGGACGAGCCGGACCGGACCGGACGGUCCGUGUCCGGCAGUCCGGGCGCCUGGCGCGACCGGGCCGCGAUGGGGUCCAGCUGGGAGGAUCGGGGCUCGUCAGCGGAGCGCGUCAUCCGCACCUCGAGCCGGCGCCGAAACCUGGGCCCGCCGCCGCCGCCGCCGCAGCGCCACUCGAUGGCUGCCCCGCCCGGCGGGUUUGGUCCCAUGAGCUCGCUGAGCCUGCCGCGGCCGAGCCGGGUGGGGCCGCGCUCCGGCGGGGAGGAGCAGGUGCCUUACGGCCCGUACGGUGCGCCGCCGGAGCCGCCCGGGUACGCCACCGUCGGCCGGCCGCAGUACGCCACUCUGGGCAACCUGCGCUCGCGGAAGACCAGCCCGCCCGGCCCGCCGAUUCCACCCGGGCCGCACGGACACCCUCUGAUGGCCGGAGGAAUGCCGAUGGCGCACGGGAUGCCGGGACCCGGUCUGCGGCGUCUCCAGCCGCACGAGCAGCGCGCGUUCGGCUUCUCGCUGGAGCAGGAGCAGCGCAGCCGCUCGCACGGUAACCUACUGAGCGCCGAGCCGGGCCCGUGGGACGCGGGACGCGCCGGCCACCAGCUGCACCGGCAGAUGGCAGAUAUGGACCUCAAGGAGCGCAAGGAGCCGCGCCCGCGCCGAUCCAUAUUCGCCUCGCUGCGCCGCUCCUGAGGGGGCCGAUAGGCACGUGCGUGCCGCCCCGUGUGACCUUGGCUGGACGGCGGGGGCGCGCCGGCGGACGGCUGCUGCAGGGGCGGGCCGGUCCGGAGACGGUACUUUCACCUCCCGAGACGGGUUGCACGAGAGCUGAGCAGCAGUGUCACCGGCGGUAAUCCGUCCGGGCCCCGGAGUGCCAAUUGUGAGAGCUGUGCCCCCGCGGAGACGGUGGCUGCUCCGUGAACCGCGGCCGGCCGCCGUGCCGUGUCGGAGCUCUGACCGACGUCCGGGUGACGCCGUCACCGACCGCUGACCGUGACUCACCGGCCGUCGGACGGGGUUCGGUCCGCCGGACGGCGCCGCGGUCCGAACGGCACCCCGAACGGCACCCCGGCCGGCCAGCGCCGCCAGCACGGCCGGCCGCCGCCGGCGCCUGGUGUUAUCGGUAUAUCGGCGCGUCGCGGUCCCCGCCGGCCCCGGCCGAGCGACCAAGUAUGCAACUAGCCAGGCUAGACUUCCUACCAGCCGGCGCCGUGCUGUGCUCAAUGCUUGUGGAGCCGCCAGCUGAUAGGGCGCUGGUGUUUGCCACGCUAGCCAAACAUGAAAUCCGCAGUGUGAGCUCUGUAGAAAAUGCCUCAAAUGUGUGUAAUCGUUUUGAUGUUUCUGCCAAGCAGAAGUUGUGAAUGUGUUGUGUACGUGUAAUAUGUUCAUUUGUCAGUGAAUAUCGGGUACAAGUGAAUAUAAUAUACCAUAUUAUUAGCUGCCAACA